AUGGCCGCAGCGGCAGCCUCUACCCCGACGGGGAUGGACGACUUCGAGGCUAUCCUGGAUCGCAUGGAACACCAGGCGGCCACUCUUGGCUGUUUCCCGCCGCCUUCCCCGCUGUUAGGUCCGACGCCCGACACAUGCAUGGAGUUACUCCAGGGGCUACGUGGCCCAGAACUGGGCAAGGGCAUGACUUGCACGGAGAUCUUCCCUUGGCAGGCAACCAAUGAUGAUGGCUACUUGGUCGCGGAGCACCCACCACCACCUCCUCCGCUGCCAGCAGAAGAUUCCGACACGACGGAGGGCCCGGGCACAACCUACGGAUGA